AUGGCCGCCGAAACGAUCCAAGUUGAGAGUGAUGAUCUUAGUCAGAAGACUUCAAAAAAACCAUACAUUAAAAAUAAGCGUAGAAAAAAAAAGAAGAAUGAUUCACAAGCAAUCGAACAAGAGAAAAAAACUGAGAACGGAAAGUCUUCAGAGACUGAUGAUUCGGAAAAUGUGGAAAUAGAGUACGUAUUACAACCUCUGGGUGAAUCUAACGAUCCUUACUAUGAAGAAUUCUCAAAGGUUUUUGCCCAUUUUCAGAUUACCAAAGACGAAACUGAGGUAAAAUCUGAAAUUAAGGAAGAAAAAAAUGAGAUUUUAAAGAUUCAAAGUGAAACUCGAACAAGAGAUUCCGAAAACGAUUCAGAAAACGAAUCCGAAGAUGAUAGGCAAGACAAAGUUUCAAAAAAGAAACUAAAAAAAAUGAAUAGAUUAAGUGUUGCUCAAUUAAAACAAUUGGUUAAGCGGCCAGAAGUUGUCGAGUGGGUUGAUGUAACAGCAGCGGACCCAAAGCUUCUGGUUAGCCUCAAAGCUUAUAGAAAUACUGUACCCGUUCCUCAGCAUUGGUCACAAAAAAGAAAAUAUCUUCAAGGGAAAAGAGGAAUUGAGAAACCAGCUUUCGAUUUACCUGAAUUUAUCAAGGAUACGGGUAUCAUGGAAAUGCGUGAAGCAGUUAAAGAAAAAGAAGAUGCCGCAAAAUUAAAACAAAAAACUCGUGAGCGUGUUCAACCAAAAAUGGGUAAACUAGACAUCGAUUAUCAAAAAUUGCACGAUGCAUUUUUCAGAUUUCAAUCAAAACCUAAAUUGACAAUUCACGGAAAAGAAUUCGAGACUAAACUUAAAGAAAAAAAACCAGGCCAACUUUCAGAAGAACUGAAAGCUGCCUUGAAUAUGCCACCACUUGCACCCCCACCAUGGCUAAUUGCAAUGCAAAGAUAUGGUCCACCACCUAGCUAUCCUAAUUUAAAAAUUCCUGGAUUGAACGCUCCUAUUCCAGAAGGUGCUCAAUGGGGAUUUCAUCCAGGUGGAUGGGGAAAACCUCCAGUUGAUGAGUACAAUCGUCCGCUAUAUGGUGAUGUUUUUGGAACAUAUCAGCAAGAAAUCCCAUCAGAUGCGGAAGAAGGAGCAUUACAAGAAGGCCUUGCCACACCAAGUGGAAUAUCUAGUGUACCUAGUGGUUUGGAAACACCAGAGUAUAUUGAACUAAGGAAAUUCCAAGCUAGUACAGCUACAACACAGCAGCCUAUAUUGGCUAGCGGAUUAGAGACUCCAGAUAUUAUUGAAUUAAGAAAAUAUUCAAAACCCGAUGAAGAUGAACCAAAGGCUUUAUACACAGUCCUUCCACAAAAGGAUACUUCUAUCUCAGGUUUUAUGGGAUCACAACACGCCUAUGAUUUAACUGCCGCAUCUACAGCAACUGGAGGCGUUAAAGGCACAAAGCGAAAGGUUGUUGGAGCUGGUAUAGAUGUAGCUCUCGAUCCUUCAGAGAUGGCAAAUCUAGAUGAAGAAACAUUAAGAGCCAUAUUUGAAGAAGCUCAGCAGGCGAAUCAACCGGAAGGUUCGCGUGAAGACUUUUCAGAUAUGGUCGCUGAACAUGCUAAUAAGCAAGCAAAAAAACGACAAAAAUUAGCAGAUGCAAAAGCUGCUGCACGAGAUGCAGGUUCUGGUGGAAGUUCAUCAUCAAAAAAAUACAAAGAUUUCAAAUUUUAA